AUCGCGGCCGCACACCGUGCCCCCCCCCCCCCCUCCCCACACUGGCUCUCCGCCUGCUCUCUGCCUUACACCUCACUACUCUGCAACAGCCUCCGGGCAAUUGGAAUUAUGAACACACCAGGCGCCUCGAUGCCGCCCGCGGCAGGCCCAGGGAACGCAGACAACUACAUUAUUGGGAAGAACACACGGCCAGCGAAUCCGACACCACUAUCUGCGCCGCAGGAGCAGCAGGUUAGGGAUCUGUACUACAAGAACGUGCGCGCGAAAUGCGCGCCAGAAAUCGAAGGUGCGUAAUCACACUUCUACCCAGUGCCACCAUUCACUAUUCGACCACUCCUGGCUACACAUGAACCAUCUCCUCGCACGACCCAUACUCACUUAUCCCUUCACAGCCUUUGCACAAUGCGCCCUCGGCCGCACCCUAACCAUGAUCUACGCCUGUCGCCAGCCCCGGCUCGCCAUGAACGCCUGCAUGUUGCAAUACCAGAACCAGGACGAGCUCGAUGCGGCGCGGAGUAAGUGGUUUGAGCUCGCCGAGGAACGAAAGAAGGCGCGCUUGGAGCAUAAGAGGCAGCUCGCGGAUGCAAAGGACAAGCACAAGGAGUGGUGGAAUCUGGAUGAU